AUGCUACUGAUCAACGCUACAGCUAUAUUUGACCAGCCGCGCUUCGCCCACCGGGGGCUGCUCAUUGAUUCUGCCCGCCACUUCCUCCCGCUGAGCGUCAUCAAGGACAACCUGGAGGCGAUGGCGGCGGCGAAGAUGAACGUGUUGCACUGGCACAUCGUGGACGACCAGAGCUUCCCCUACCAGUCCAACGCGCUGCCGCGGCUGGCCGAGUACGGCGCCUUCUCCCAUGCGCACACCUACCGUCCGACGGACAUCCAGGAGGUGGUGCAGUACGCGCGCGACCGCGGCAUCCGCGUCAUCCCCGAGUUCGACACCCCCGGGCACACGGCGUCGUGGGGCAAGGGCUACCCGGGCCUGCUAACAGACUGCUACAACGAGAAGGAGCAGCCGACCGGCGAGAAGGGCCCCGUUAAUCCGGUGCGGAACGAGACGUACGCGCUGCUGUGGGCGUUCCUGCGCGAAGCUGCCGGCCUCUUCCCCGACACCUACCUCCAUCUUGGCGGCGACGAAGUCCCCUUCGACUGCUGGCAGAGCAGCCCAGAGAUCAGGGCGUGGAUGAGGGAGCACGACGUGAGCUCCAUUGCGGGGCUGGAGACAUAUUUCGAGGAGCGAGUCCUGGCACUGGCCAGCGCCGCCGGCCGCUCCUACAUCGUUUGGCAGGAGCCUCUGGACAACGGUGUGAAGCUGGACAGCAACACGGUGGUUCAUGUGUGGAAGUGGUGGUGGCCAGUGUCAGCCACUGAGGCGACUGUUGAGGGUGGGGCAGAAAUGAAUGCCGUCGCACAGAAGCCGGCAGGGUACAGGGCGUUGCUGAGCAGCCCUUGGUACCUGAAUCUGGGCCCGUAUGCUGGGGAGGCGUGGGUGGACUACUACACCGUGGAGCCGCUGGAAUUUGAUGCCACCCCCGCGCAGGCCUCAUUAGUCAUUGGCGGAGAGGCGUGCAUGUGGGGGGAGUGGGUGGAUGGCAGCAACCUGAUGGAGCGCACCUGGCCGCGCGCAGCCGCCGUUGCCGAACGCCUCUGGUCAGCCCGGGACGUCAGGGAUGUGGAUGCUGCACGGCCGCGCAUUGCUGAGCACCGGUGUAGGAUGCUUGCGAGGGGCCUCGCAGCUUCGCCCGGCACCGGUCCCGGCUACUGCCCACAGGACACCAGCCUUUGA